AAUAACGUGCGCAUGUGCAACCGUAUUUUUUUCCCGCUCUUUUCAUCUCCGGACUGUCAGCUAGCUAGCAUUUUCAUUUAAAACGGCCUUUUAACUAACAGAAAUGGUUCUUAGAUUUCAUGUCACGUAUAAGCUGGCAAAACAUGUUAUCGAAUUACAAGCUGACACUGGAAUAGUCUCUGAUAUAACCGAAAUCAUUUAUGAAAAAUUCAACAUACAAAAGAGAAAUGAAAUUACACUUCAAUAUUAUGAGAAAGACUUUGAAGACUGGGUGAACCUAGAACUAAAUUCAUCUUUGCAAAAUAUGAUGAAGUUGAAAGUUGAGGCUGUUGUUAGAGAAUCGUCUGACAGUGAAAUUCCUGAUGUUCCAGCAGAAUCUGCCGAUAAUGUACGUAAAGUGACUGGACAACAUAUCAAUACUGAAAUUGCAGUAGAAAAUUGUAAUUUAUCUACAGCAACAACCACUCGAUUACCCCGUCCUUGGCCAACCAAGUUUAUAUUCCCUGCAUAUGCUUUACGAGCAGGAGUGGUCCAGAAACUGGAAAGUGGUGAACAAUUAAGCAGGGCUGAUCGCUCACAGGUGACAGAUGCCAUCUAUAAUGAAGUUACAAAAUAUACAUACAAAUCUUAUCUAUCCAUUGCUUUGCGAAAAGGAUCAGAAAAGAAGGAUGAUUAUAGUAAAAUUACGGUAUCUGAUUUAAAGAAUGUUAACAAAGUCGAAGAGAUUUUGAAAUCUGAUAAAGGUUAUAAAUUCUUAAAACAAAUACGUGGAACUCCACCUUAUUGGCAAGCAACACAGAAAGAUGUAGUGGCAAUGGUUAGGCAGAUUGGGAUGCCAACAUAUUUUCUUUCAUUUUCAAGUGCUGAUCUUCGUUGGGAAGAAAUAAUGAAGACAUUGUUAAGUCAGACAGGAGACCAAAGAAAAAUAGAUGAAUUGGAAUGA